GGCCCCGCCCCUCAUUACGUCACUGCCCGGUCGGCGGGUCAGUCCGCAGGUUCGGGUCGUUGUGGUUCCGCUGGGACCGGCGUGCUGCCAGGGGUUCGUCCCGCUCUUAGGCUCGCUGGGAACGGAGCCCCGUAGUCUCUGAAAAAUGAAUCCCAGUAUGAAGCAGAAACAGGAAGAAGCCCAAGAGAAUGUGAAGAAUAGUCCUGUUCCAAGGAGAACGCUGAAGAUGAUUCAGCCUUCUGCAGAUGGAUCUCUUGUUGGCAGAGAAAAUGAGUUGCCAAAAGGCUUGUCCAAAAGGAAGCACUGGAAUGACCAGUUAAUAUCUAAGACUUCGAGCUCUGGUCCAGAGGCUGGUGAAAAUAAAGAUGCUGGAGAUGUCACCCAGGAAGCAUUUGAUCUUAUGAUUAAAGAAAACCCAUCCUCUCAGUAUUGGAAAGAAGUGGCAGAAAAGCGGAGGAAAGCUCUCUAUGAAGCUCUUAAAGAAAACGAGAAACUUCAUAAAGAAAUUGAACAAAAGGACAGUGAGAUUGCCCGCCUGAGGAAGGAGAAUAAGGACUUGGCAGAGGUAGCAGAGCAUGUACAGUACAUGGCAGAGGUGAUUGAGAGGCUGAGUAAUGAACCCUUGGAUAGCUUUGAAUCACCAGAUAGUCAGGAAUUUGAUUCCGAAGAAGAAACUGUUGAGGAUUCUGAAGUGGAAGACUCAGAAACUGGCACGUGUGCCGAAGAGACCGUGUCCUCCUCCACGGACGCCAAACCGUGUCCAUGAAGUGUGGGGCACUGCCAGCUUUGCCCUUGGCGUGGCUCUUGGUAAAUGAACUACAGUGUGCAGGUGCUGCGGUCCAGGUCGGAGGCCUGGGGCUAGUGCCGCAUUCUAGUACCUCAUUCGGAUACAGACAGUAUGUAUUUUAAUCUGUUUAAUGUAAAUAGCAUUUUCAGUUUCUCAGUGUCAGAUGUGACUUGUGUAUAUUCAAUAAACUUCAGUUUCCUGUUGAACAUGCUAUAUCUUGGAGAAUUCAGUAUACCCAGUUUGUAGAAAAUGUAUUUGUUUCUAUAGUAUUUUAUUAUUUCACUUUGUAGAAGUGGGAAAUGAACUUCCUUCUGUCUGGAGCUAAGGAUCUGUUGAUCUGAUCUCAGGAUCACUGUGAGCAAUGUUGAUUUUCAUGUUUGUAUAUUUUUAAUGAUGUUUUGAGUGAAGCGUCUACUGUCCUAAA